AUGUACGCCUUUAAUAACUACUGUCCCGUUUGCGACAAGUUGAUCCCUAAUUGUUCUCCUUCUAAAUUAUCCAGAACUAACUCUACUAGUAGUGAUAAGUCUACGGAUAAGUUAUAUUGCUCUCAUGAGUGUGAAAGAAAGGACAAGUUGAAUAUUGUCAACAGUACAAUCCUAGCAUCCAAUGACAUUGGUGACAGUACAGGUGCUAUCCAUGAUGAACUUGAUGAGGUUACCUCUGUGAUUUCAGAUCAAGGUAUGAUGGCAUUGGAUGAGCCAUUACAAAAUCAACCUGAUUAUUCAGGCGAUGAUUCUCAUAUCGUGCCAGAUCAUUUACCUGCAGUUCUGGCAAGCCCUGCUUCCUUUUCACAUAGUCUCGGUAAUGAUCAUGAAGAUUUCCCAUCUAUUACAAUUACUACAGUGACGGGAGAUAUUACUUCAAAGACAACUCUAGAUGAAAGGGAACAACUCUUAGCGUCUCCAUUCUUAUUACCUUUAAGUUCUAAUAAUGAGAAGAAUUCAUUGUUCGAAAUGAAUGAACAUAUUGAUAACUCUCUCACAUUAGGUGAGAGUUUGAUUCCACAUUAUUACAAUAUACCACCAUUAAAUUCAUUCUAUAAUAUUCCCAAAACACUAUUCAUCGGUUCAAACUCGAAGACAAGUCAAGAAAAUUGUUCAUUCGACCAUACCGCAGAAACCAAUUACAAACUAUGGUUAUCAAAUAACAUUCCAUAG